ACCACAAUUCAACAAUACCACCAAUAGAAGGACAUUUUCAUAAAUACACUUUUCAUUAAUGUAUAAAAGACAAAAAUGACCUUCCUAAAUUCUAACCUAAUUACAUGUCUCUUUCUAUUUCUUCAAUAGAAAACUUCAACGAACAUGACUACAUCGGAGAUCAGAUCGGACGACGACGGCGAUGAGAUCGGAGAUCGGACGAAGACGGCGACGAGAUCGGGAGAUCGGACGACCGACGGCGACGAGAUCAGAGAUCGGAUGACGACUGCGAUCCUUCUCUCACCUCUCACUCUCUACCCUCGUUACGCUCGCAUCUCCCUCUUUCCCCAUCGUGUUCAUCUACAAACGCAAAUGAAAUGACUUGCUGGUACACGCUAUUCUCCUUUCCUUGCGUUUUUAGCUGCUCGAUUCGAUUUCCAUGACUUUCCUCUUUGUGUGUUUCUAGUGGAGGUCUCCUUAAAGCCAUCAAGAACUGCCCGUCUUGAGGACGUUCAGAGAGCUGUUGAACGGAUGCUGGAAAAUAGGAGCAUGAGCUAUGUGGAUGGCCUUGUUCUCAUACCUCCACACGACUUGUUCCUUGUUGAAAAUGUGCAUUUGUGAUACAGAGGAAUGGGUGAAAAAUAAUGAUGUUCUCUUGUUCUGGCAAGUUAAGCCUUUUGUCCACGCCUUUCAGUUAACUGAGGAAGGACCAUGUGAGGAGCUGGGCCCUGAUGGACAACCUUCUAGCUUUAAUGAAUGGAUUCUACUUGCUAAGGAGUUUGAUGGCUUGUGGGAAAGCUUGAUCUAUGAAUCAGGACUCAAGCAACGGUUACUACGUUAUGCCGCAAGUGCUUUGCUGUUUACACAUAAGGGUUUGUUGGUUGAAUUUAUAAGGGGUUAUAAAGGAACAACGAGGGUUUGUUUAUUUUCAUGAUCACUGGAUCAAAGUACAACAAAAAAAGACAAUAAUAUCAAUGAUCCUACUCUGUAAUCAAAUAAUCUAACAUUUAAAUUGUUUGGUAGGUCAAAAGCUCUAAUGUACGUUGUAUUGUGGAAAGAUAAGCAAACAACUCUUACAAGUCAAUACACUUAAUUAAAGAGAAAAAGAAAUUGUAAGGGUUCGUGGGUCAUUUAUAGAAACUAAUAA